AUUUCAUUAAGAAUUGCCACUUGUUUUUGAUUGAAUUUUUUAUUUCGGAUUUCAAAACAUGUGGUGUAAAAAUUUAUUAAAAGUUUAUCAAUGGUUUUCAAGAAACAUUUUAAGAGAUUAUUGCAUCAUGAAUUGUUCAUCUCAAGAAGUUGAAAAAAUUGAAAUUAAUAAAUCACGUAUUAUCAAAAAAUCACCAAGAAUACUUAUUACAGGUGGUCUAGGACAAUUGGGUACCGAGUGUGCAAAACUAUUUCGUAAAAAUUAUGGAAAUGAAAAUGUAAUUUUAUCUGAUAUAAUCAAACCGACAGAAGAAAAUUUAUCAAACGGACCUUUUAUUUUUGCCGAUAUUCUUGAUUUUAAAGGACUACAAAAGAUUGUAGUAAAUUAUAGAAUUGAUUGGCUCAUUCAUUUCAGUGCUCUUCUUAGCGCUAUAGGUGAACAAAAUGUUCCUCUAGCUGUAAGAGUCAACAUAGAAGGAAUGCAUAAUGUUAUUGAACUAGCAAAGCAAUAUAAAUUAAGAAUAUUUAUUCCUUCGACAAUUGGAGCAUUUGGUCCAGAUUCACCACGCAAUCCUACUCCAAAUGUAACUAUUCAACGUCCACGAACAAUUUAUGGUGUUAGUAAAGUUCAUGCUGAAUUAUUAGGUGAAUAUUAUCAUCAUAGAUUCGGUCUUGAUUUUCGAUGUCUUCGAUUUCCGGGAGUUAUCAGCAGUGAUCCACCAGGUGGUGGUACUACAGACUAUGCAGUAGCAGUUUUUCAUGAAGGAUUACUCACUAAAAAGUAUGAAUGUUAUUUAGAACCUUAUACAAGAUUACCAAUGAUGUACAUAGAAGAUUGUUUAUCAGCGCUUUUUCAAUUUUUAAAUACUCCAAAUGAGCAAUUACAAAGAAGAGUAUAUAAUGUUACUGCUAUGAGUUUCACACCUGAAGAAUUAUUUACUGAACUUAAAAAAUAUGUUCCUGAUUUAAAGAUUUCAUAUAAACCGGAUGCAAGACAAUAUAUUGCUGAAAAUUGGCCACAAGUUUUCGAUGAUAGUGAUGCUCGUCGAGAUUGGGGUUGGCAGCAUAAGUAUAACUUAGAAAAACUGGUAAAAUCAAUGGUACGCGAUGUAAAGAAAAAUUUUUCAAACAAAAGAUCAUUAAAAGAAGUUAACAGCUAUGUAUGAUAUGAUUUAGAUAAUUGAUAUAAUUGAUAUAAAUUAUAUUAUAUAAUUAUCUUAAGGUAU